UCAAAAGCAGCCAAGCGUCCCAGAAGGAGGAAGCGCGAGUUUUGCUUACGAUGGCGUACUGAGAGAGAAGAGAGAAUAAUAGGCAUAAUAAUAAUAACAACAACAAUGGCUCCAAGAUCUCUGAUUCUUCACCGACUCACGCCCUUCUUUGCAGCUCGAAUCAGGCAGAACCAGAGGCUUCUAAGCUCUUCCUUCUAUUCGUCUUCUGCUGUAGAAGAAGCCUCUUCUUCAUCUUCAUCUUCAUCUCCGUCCCUCGAUGCUGUUGUGAUGACUGAUACAUGUGUUCAAAGAAUGAAGCAGCUGCAAGCCAGUGAAGCAGAGGGAAAGAUGCUUCGCUUGAGUGUAGAAACUGGUGGAUGUUCUGGGUUCCAAUAUGUUUUUGAUCUGGAUGACAAAACCCACCCAGAUGACAGAGUAUUUGAGAAAGAAGGAGUAAAGCUGGUGGUCGACAAUGUUUCAUAUGAUUUUGUGAAAGGAGCAACUGUUGAUUAUGUUGAGGAGCUGAUCCGUUCUGCUUUCCAAGUGACUACAAAUCCAAGUGCAGUAGGUGGGUGCAGUUGUAAAAGUUCCUUCAUGGUCAAAUGAUAGAUUUGCAAGUACUUUUAUGCACUCCCUUCCAAGAUACCUAAAACUAAGAGGUGAAUUAGGUUCAGCCUAAACGGGUGCUUGCAUAUAAAUUUUUACUAUAUUUUUUUUAAAAAUAAUAAUUAUGUAAGUACAUUGUAUAAGUUUUUUGAUGUACCAAACGCUUGUACCACAUAUAUUUCAUUGAGAUAUUUUUCUUAUACUUUGUCA